CCAAACUCCAGUAAUCGCGACCCACCACUAACGUCUUUCCGCAUUUAGCAAUUUAAUCCUCCCUAUUCAAACACUAAUUAACUCGUGACGCGUGGCACGCGCCUGACGAUUAUUAAACACGUCCCAGGUGACGUACUGAGUGCGUGUCGUGUUAUUUGAUGCGGUCAGCUAACGGGCAGGUGAACCCACGGAGAUCGAAACAUGACCAGGUGAUUAUAUCCGUCCGCCUAGGGCCACUCCACACGGGUCGCAAGGGACCGGGUUCCAGUUCCCUCCGCAAUUCUGCUCCUAAAAAGCGCGGCUCCACCGCGACCACCGGCGCAAAGCCACUCGGACAUCGGACACGAGGCCAUAGCUCAACUCCCGCUCGUGCGUGCUGCACGGGAUCAUCCACAAUGGGCGGCACGCUGCUCUGGCUGUGCGCGUUGACUGCGGUGUCUUGGAAAGUCGUCUCGUCCCAGGACUCCGUCUAUCACAACGUGGCACUGGGGUACGACGUCUCGAGUCAGACCACGAGCGCCGUAGUCACGGACGGGGACCAGCACACGUGCUUGCCGAUUAUCUGGCAGGCGACGAACAUUCUGCAAGUGGAUCUGGCCAACUCGAUCGACGUGUACGCGGUGUCCAUCCUGUAUAACAUGACCAGCAUAUUUUCCUUCAGUCACGUGGUCUCCAUCCACGUGGGCGACACCCUCGACCAACUCGGGAGCAACAAUCCCAAGUGUCAGGACAUAAGAAUGGCUUAUGGAAGCUGGAUGUCCACCUCCAACUGUGGAGGAAUGAAUGGCAGAUAUGUGACAUUGAAUUUAGGGAGCUUUGCAGCGUGUUACAUUUGUGAAAUCAUGGUAUCAGCGACUCCACUGAAAGUGGGAACUCAGGUGCUGAUGUACGGAGUGGCGUCACAGUCGAGCGAAGUGGAGCCUGGUGCAGGGCCCUGGAAGGCCCUGGACAGCCGUGCGGAAAUUGCCUCGGCCCCCACGCUCUGCAUGACCUCGGGACUCGGAUGCAGCAUCACGGACAUGGACUGGGAGCCAUGGUGGCGCCUCGACAUGCUGCUGCUCUACAGAGUGAAGAGCGUCACCAUCGCCGGUCGUGAGGACGUCCAAGGCCUCCGUCUGUUCGGAGCCGAGAUCCGCGUCGGGAACUCGACGACUCGGGAGGACAACAGUUUAUGUGACCAGGACAUAUUCGUGACUUCUGGACAGUCGGCGGCGUUCUAUUGCCUGCCCUGGCUGGUUGGCCGCUUCCUCAUAGUGGCCUUGCCUGGGCGGAUCGACAGCCUGGGCCUCUGCGAAGUCUCCCUCCUGGCAAACCCCAUGCUGAAGAGUAGCAUCGUCUGGAAGAGCGGCAUUAUCAGCACCAGCGAUCCCACCACACCCAACUGAUGCACCCCCACGGGGGAUUUAUUCAUUUAGGUUCCACAUAAAUGGUGGUCAUUUUGUCAUCAUCAAUCGGUGCCAUUUGCGCGUAUGACCACUUGAAUCACAAACAGCAUGAGCAACAUCAUAGUCGUCGUAAGGUCAACAGCAGUGUAUUCAACUGAAUGGUAACAUAAGUAUACUUGUCAGCUUUAUCGUUGUCAUCAACAUUAACAAUACAAUCACCGUCAUCAUCAAGAUUCAUCACAAUCUAAUAUAUUAUAUACGACUUCUGUAGAAAGCAAUAUUGAUAACAGUGAAAAAAUUACGUGGAAUUAUGCUACAUAUAAUUCGUAUGGAUAUGAACAAAUUGUAAUGUAUUCUACAGCUAAUAUAAUAUUACGUGUGCGGAUUAAUGUAUAACAUUGUAUGGUUUUAUACAUUCUUCGUCAUCAUCAUUAAUACACCAAAUUAUCAUCAUCGUCAUCCACAAUCACCCACAAUAAAGAUGUUAAACAUAAUCCACUACAUCUUCUGUCACCAACAGCGCCAUCGUGAAUAUGUAUAAUUGUAAAUAUUGGUUUCGUGCAUUGCAGUGGGCGUAGAUGUCGAGAGUGCAAGCGGUUCAACUGCUGUGGGGCCAAUGAGCCGGAGGGGUGGCCCAGGCGCUGGGCUACGCAGAGGGGGGGGGGGAGCAAUUUGGUCAGAAGGGGCCCCCUUCAUUCCUUACACCAGGGUCAAUGGUUCACCACGCGAUUUGACUGCUCGAGUUUUUGGCUGCUAUAAAUUUCCAUGUGAUAAGCCACUUCAUUGGGCGAUCAUUUGUGACGAUGUCUGUUGUGAAAAAGAGCUCUACUGUAUAGCUCAGUGGGCCUGACAUGGUGUGAAUGGACUGGGUUUUUUAAAUCCGAACUUUUUCGAACUUUUCACUCCUGUACCAUAUCGUGGCGGGUCGGGGGGGGAGGGCUGGCACGAACACCCCAUCACACACCAAAGACAAAAAUCCUCCAUAUAUAUUCUGAACAGACUGAUAGACUGAUGUGGCAAGUGCUGUUAGCGAGCACCUAUAAAGGCCGGCACGGUACACGAUGGGGUAGGUGGCCAGCACCACG